AUGCGCUUCAUCCAGGUCGUCGCCCUCCUCCCAGCGCUUGCUGUGGCUCAGGAGCAGGUUCCUCUCGCGGACCGUGUUCAGGGUUGGUUCAACAAGGCCAAGUCUUACUUGCCUACUGCCACCCCGGUCGUCCCCGCUGCCGUGGUUGAGAAGGUGGUCGAGAAGGCCGUCAAGAUCCAGGAGAAGACCGUCACCCCCUUCAACGUGACAAACUGGCAGUCCUUCCUGGAACCAUCUUCGGAAGCCCAGGAUUGGUUGGUCUAUGUUACUGGAGGAAACAAGACCUGCUUUGGUCGCUGUGACCAGGCGGACAAGUCGUUCAAUGAAUCCGUGCUCCUCUUCUCCGCCGAUCCUACCUCUCCUAACCUCGGUAAGCUGGACUGCGAAUCGAACCAGGUUCUCUGCUCUGCCUGGGGUGCCGGUACCCCUUCGGUCUGGUACUUCCAGGUUCCCCAGGCUCAGCUUGGUGAGGAACGCCCUCCUACCGCGCUUCACACCGUCUACCUCAACACGACUACUGUGACCCCGGAGACGAUCUACAAGGUGCACUCUGAGAAGGUCUACGAGACGACCCCUGCUUACGAGGGUGCCCUUCACCCCACUGAUGGCUGGCUUGCCCAGAACGGACUCCUGCUCCCUCUGGGUUAUGUCAUCUAUGGAUUCAGUGCGAUCCCCAGCUGGCUCUUCAUGAUCCUCAUCAGCUUCUUCAGCCGGACCUUCAUCGUGGUUUCCGGUUGCGGGGAUCCUGACAUCUACAGAUCCUCGCAAUACCCUCUCAAAAUGGCCGACUUCGAUCGCACACCCCCCUCCACCGCCGCCUACGUGGUCGCCACCGCCAUCCUCGCCGGCAUCACCGGCUACUUCAUCGGCCAAGGCAGCUCGCUCGGCCUCUUCUCCACGAAAGAAAAAGAAGGCUGGCCGAACAGCUACAAUGUGAAAGUGCACCGCGAUUCCUCAGACGAGUACGAAUCUGAGGAGGAGGAAGACAGCGAAGACGAAGGCGAUGGCACCGAGCUCGGAAAUUUCGAUGAGAGCGCCGAGGAAGUCAAGUUGGUUCUGGUCGUGCGGACGGAUUUGGGUAUGACCAAGGGCAAAAUCGCAGCCCAAUGCUCGCAUGCUACGCUCGCGUGCUACAAAUAUCUGGUCGCGUAUACGCCCAGCUCGGGGAUGUUGCGGCGAUGGGAGUCGCAGGGUCAGGCGAAGAUCGCGCUGCAGAUUAAGUCCGAGGAGGAGAUGGAGGAGUUGCAGGCUAAGGCGAUGAGUUUGGGUCUUUGCGCCAGAGUCAUUACGGAUGCGGGACGGACGCAGAUUGCGAGUGGGAGUCGUACGGUGUUGGGCGUUUUGGGACCCAAGAGUGUGGUGGAUAGUGUGACGGGACAUUUGAAGUUGUUGUAG